AUGCGCACUGUAUUUUUUGGAAGUGAUCUGUUCUCUUAUCCCUCUUUGAAGGCUAUUCAUGGCUUGAUCAAGAACCCCUCGGAUCUGAUUGUUGCGACACGCCUGCUAAAACCCUCCGGACGCGGCCAAAACACGGUAAUUGAGCCACCUGUCGUUUCCUACGCCAAACAAAAUGGCUUAAAGUGGCUUCAGAUAGAGACGCUUCGUGAUUUCGAAAAUUUACAAUCCGAUUUCGAUCCCCAACUCGCAGUGGCUGUUUCGUAUGGUAAGCUGAUCCCGGCUCUAUUUAUCAACAACCUCGAGUUCGGUGGGUUGAACGUGCACCCAAGUUUACUGCCCCAAUACAGAGGCGCUGCACCUUUGCAAAGAGCCAUUAUGGACCUCCAGCCGCGAACUGGUGUUUCGGUUCAAACAUUGCAUCCUACGAAAUUCGAUCACGGCCGGCUGUUGUGGCAAAAACAAGUCGAUUUGUCAAGAUCAGUGACUCUUUUUGAGUUGAGAGACCAGCUGGCCGAGUUGGGUGCUAUGGGCCUGUCUCAGGUGAUCAGCGAACAGUUGUUAGUGGGUGACUUUGAACUCCCCUCGACAGCUGCCCCGUCAGUCGCUCCUUUGAUCGAUCGCCGCGAGUUUCGAGUCAACUUCAAAAACUCGGCGGCAAAGGUUGAUGCUACAGGCCGAGCCUUGGGCAAGUUGUGGUUUGAGCAGGAGAUGACUGUCACCAAAAAACGCAAAACCAAAACUGUAAAUGUGAGAGUAAAUCUUGAGGAGUUUGUCCCCUUAGACUUGGCCGACAACUCUCCACCAGGAACUAUUAGCAUGCAAGGAACGGGCGAAACCGCAGCGCUGGCGCUACGUGUGGCCGACGGAUACAUAGGAGCUCGAUGUGUCACAGUCGCCGGGUUUGGAAGAGGCACUGCUUUGGACUAUUUCACAAAUAAAGAUAAAAGAGGUCUUUCAAGUAGUGCUAAUUUAUGA